AUGGCGACCAGAAAAGCCAAGCCGAACCCGCAUCUAGCGAACCCCGACAUCCGCGUCACAGACACGCACAUCUACUUCAUCCGCGGGAUCCUCUCAAACUGGUACUCCAGUCCUCACCCCUUCACCGGAAAACGCGCGCUCGAACUAUGCCUCGCGCAGCUCGACGAGCUGGCCAUCCCGCACCCCGCCGAAAACGCGAUAUCCACGCGCCUGAUCGAGUCAUUCCGCUUCCGACGCGGUGAGCAAUGGAUGAUGGCGAUGAAAGCGUGGCUCUUUGAGCGCGACUCUUUCCCUCUCGGCGAGGUUGUUAUGGACAAUGACAGUCAGAAUGCGUUCGACCAGCUUCGCACAGAAAUGUCGAGCGUCAGGCCUCUUCCGGAAUCGGCCGACCGACAGCGGAAAAAGCUCUGGGAGUCGGCGUUGUGUCGGAUCAUGCGUACGGAUUCGCCGAGAUCGCAGAAGGCGCUUGGUCGGAAGGUGCCGAACUUCGACGACGGGCUGUGGACGAAGGCUUCAGCGGUGAUUGUUGUUGCUGGGUGUGUAGCACGCGCGGAGGCUGACGAGGGCCUGAGCAAGUUGUAUCUCUCAAGUGGAGACCGGGUUUUUGUUGAGGGGAGUCGGGUUGAUCGGGUUUGGGGAGUUGGUUUGGACUGGAAGAGUGAUGCGAUUCUGGACGAGGGGAAUUGGCGGGGUGCGAAUCGGUUGGGAAGGGCUCAUGGUGAGGCAGCGAGGGUAUUGAAGAGAGGACUCAGUAGCACGACUUGA